CCAGGCUCCCGGGCGCACGGCGGGCAGUGACCCGCGCAGGUAGAGCUCGGCGCGGCCCCGAGACGGCCUGGCGGGAUGGGGCGGCCGGGGGUUCGUCGCCUCGUGCUGCUCGCCGCCUGCCUGGAGCUCUGCGGGCCGCGCGGGGCGCUUGGAGCAUCCUUUUAUGGUGAGAGCUACGUGGGGCUCAGCAUCACAGAAGUUUCCUCUGGGCUUUCGCUUCAGUUGAGAUUUCAAACCAGCAAGUCACAAGGCUUGCUGUUUCUUGCAGCUGGGAAAAUUGACUAUUGCCUAAUAGAACUUCUGUCAGGAAUAUUACAGGUGAAAAUAAAUGUGGCUACGGGUGGGCAGCUCCUCCUUUCUGAGCAAAGACUUCGUGUGGACAAUUUGGUUUGGCAUUCGGUGGAGCUGUACUAUGGCAAGGAUAAGGUUUCCUUGGUUGUUGACAAGCAUUAUGAGACAACGAGGCAACUGGAUGGGGGCAUGUGUAACUUCACAUUUCACCAUGGAAUCUAUGUGGGAGGUCAUGGGGGACUCAGUGUGCCUUACCUGGACAGAAAGACCCCCAACUUCCGAGGAUGCAUAGAGGGUGUGCUGUUUAACCAGAGGGAGGUCCUUACAUCCCUUAGGUCUUACCCUGGUUUCAAGAAGGUUUAUGAGGUGUCUCUGGGAUGUAAUGAUGAGUUUUUUGCUGGGAAGAAUGAAGCUAUUAGCUUUUUCAGCUCUAGGUCUUAUGUUGCCUUUCCAGAAUGGAGGGUACAGGGGGAAGGGACACUGAGAUUUUCUGUGCAAACUGGAACCCAACAAGCCUUGCUUUCAUUUCAGUCAGGUAGAGGAAGAGAUUUUGUUGCCUUGGAAAUACAUGAGGGUCUACUGAAGGCUCAUGUAGGAAAGGGGGAAACAAAAACUCAGCUUUCAUCAUUCCGCUUGGUUAGUGACAACAAGUGGCACAUUGUUCAACUCAGAGUCUCGAGGAGGCAUCUGGACCUCACAGUAGAUGAACAAGGGGUAAGAACCACACUGCCUCUGCAAAACCAAGCGUUUGUGUCUGAAGGCUCCCUGUUCAUGGGAGGCCUGAAUCACCGGAUGUGGGAAACAGUGAGGGGGUUAGACCUUGUGUCUGUGCCUGGGAAGUCUGUUCGAGGCACCUCUCUGAAAGGAUGCCUGAGAGCCUUGGAAGCAAACUUGGAGAAGAGAGCAUUAAGGGACGCACUUGUUUCCAAAGACGUUUCUGCUGGAUGCACAAGUGGCAGUGUCCAUGAUGCUUACCCUUCUGUGACAGUGGGAGACCUCUUUCAGCCAGAGCCCUCCCCUUCCGCUGCAGUUCCCAGUCACAGCUCUCCUCUGAAAAAUCAAAGUGCCAGCUUUUUGGUUUUGAAUACGUUGGAAGUCCAAGAAGGUGGGCGGGCCUUACUGGGACAAAGGCAUAUAAAAGUGAAUAUGGACUUUACGGGACUGGGUAUCAACUAUUCCCAGAUAUUAUUUAAAAUACAGGAAAUGCCAACUCACGGUUUCCUUCAAAUAGAUGUUCAGUCUGCACAGGAAAUGGAGAGGACUUUUACUAUGUUAGAUUUGAGGCGUGGGAAAGUGUGGUAUAUUCACGAUGGCUCGGAAGAGCCUACAGAUUUUUUUACAUUUGGGGUUUUUUCUAGCAGCAAGAAGGCAAUACUAUCCCAGUUGCAGAAUCCCACUCCACAUGUUUUAAACAUUAUUGUCAUUCCAGUGAAUGACCCCCCAUACCUUAAGCUCCCAGAAGGACACUUGCUUCUCUUCGAGAACUCUAAGAAACAACUGACCCCCAGUGUGGUACAGGUGUCAGACCCCGAUACCGACUCUCGGCAUCUCAGACUUUUGGUUCUUAGCAAUUUCAAUGCAGAUGCUGGGUUUUUAGAAAGUUCCAAUGACCCUGGGAAAGCCAUCAAUGGUUUUACACAGGUGGAUUUACAACAUGGCAACAUUUUCUACGUGCACAAGGGUAAUCGAAACUCUCGGAUUGUUCUGAGAGCAACUGAUGGUGAGCUGGUUAGCAAUACUGUGGUGUUACGGGUCAUGGCUGUUCCUUGGGACUUUGAAGUGGCAGGUAGGACUGGCGUGGUGGUACAACUGGGUGGUUCAGUUCUGAUCACGCAAAGUGACUUGUCAGUGAAGGUGAAUGGUGAACAACAUGACAUGGACACUCGCUAUGAGAUCACUCGUCCACCUCAGUUUGGCCAAAUUCAGUAUCGGGGAUCCAACGGGGAAUGGGAAAAAGUUAGUACCUUUUCUCAACGUUCCAUUGACAGGAGUUGCAUCCGAUACUAUAGUUCAUUCAAAGAACUGCAGCAAGAAAAUGUUACAGAUCACUUUAAAUUUAAAGUGAUCAUAGAAGGAAGAGAAAGUGAAGAGCUCCUGUUUCCUGUCACCGUUCAGCUGCUGAAACUGACACUUCUAAAAAAUAUUCCUCUAGAGAUUAGCAAUGCAAACAAGAAAGUAUUGGAUUCUGGCCAUCUGCAGGCUGCAACAGAGAGUGUGGAAGUAGCUGAGCAGGAACUAUAUUUCAAGUUACUGAGCCCACCUAAGAAAGGAAACUUGCUACUUGGCAAUGAAGUUCUUCAAACAAGUUCAAUUUUCAGUCAAAAAAACAUUACAGACUCGAAGGUAAGCUAUGAGCCUCAGGGGAAACCUGGGGAAGACUCGCAGGAUACUUUUAGUUUUUCAAUUAUUGUAAAACACAUAGAAUCAAAAGAUUAUACUUUCAGGAUAAACCUUAAAGCAGAUAAGACACAUAUUAUUUUAACCAACACUGGGUUGUUUGUGAAAGAAGGAGAAUGGACAUUAAUUACAAAAUCAGAAUUAUUUGUUCAAACAUUGGACAAUCAUCUCUUCCAAUAUGAAGUCACCAAGCAUCCUCAGCAUGGGGAACUGAAGUUAGUCAGCUCUUCCGCUUCUCUGGGAAGUGACAAUAGUGUCGAUGGGUUCACAGAUGAAGACAUAGUGGAUGGAAGGCUGAUAUAUGUUCACGAUGACUCCGAGACCCAGUGUGAUGAAUUCAUUGUUUUGGCCUCUGCCACAGAUCUGGGUCAAAAGGGCGGGGUCAGAAGUCUUGACUCUGAGCACAUGUCUACAGAAAUCAGAGUCAGCAUUUCUAUUGAGUUGAAGAAUGAUGAGAAGCCAGUGCGAGUGGUAGAUAAGGUCUUUCAUGUUGUGCGGGACAGCCAGCGCUUACUGACACUAGCAGACCUCUGUUACCAUGACCCUGACUUAGAUUUUGAUGAUGGGCAGUUGCUCUACACUCGGCGUGGCAUACCAAAUGGAGAUUUGGUGAAAGCCAGUGACCCGUCUCAGAAGCUCUACCAGUUCAGACAAGAGGACCUACAGGAAGGGCGUGUGCUCUUCAGACACCAUGGUCCAGACUCUGCCCGAUUCCUGCUGUUUGUGACGGAUGGUGUCCAUUACACAUCAUCCCUUUUCGAGGUCAGUGUGUCAGAGGCCUAUGUCCGCAUAGUCAACAACACAGGGCUGCUUGUGCCCAGAGGCAGGGACAGCUGCUUCACAACAGCCAACCUGAGUGUCACCACCAACCAAGAUGUCAGAACAGACCAUGAGUUUGAAUUCCACAUCUCGCAACCCCCCAAACAUGGCAGAAUCCUGGUCAACGAUUCUGUGUUUCACUCAUUUACCCAGCAUGACCUGAAGCAGGGAUACGUGAUUUAUAGGCACAGCGGCGAUGGGAACUUCGAUAUAUUUAACUUGACAGUGAAAGUUAAAGAUACCUACUUAGAUGUGAGCAUUUGUGUCCAAGUGGCCUUGGAGAGUCACCAACAGCACACUCCGAUUCUGCACAGCAGGAGCGUUACAGUUGAAGAAGGGAAAUCAGUAAAACUGAGAAGUGCAAAGCUCCAGGCUGGGAAUGAAGACAGUAUCUCUUCAGAGGUAGUGUUCACAGUCAGGACUCCACCAGUGCAUGGGUACCUCCAAAAAUCUACCACAGAAGACGCCGAUGUGGGUACAGAUGAGAAGUCCCCUCUGAGCUUCACGUGGCAGGAUAUUGAUGAUGGCAGUGUCCUUUAUGUACAGACAGCUCCAGGCCAACAAAAGGAUCAGUUCACCUUAGAUGUGACCAAAGACUCCCACUUUGUAAGGAGAGUGGAAAUGCAUUUGGAUAUCAUCCCUAAGUGGAUACCGCUGGAGGUACAGAAUUUCACGGUUCAGGAAGGGGGCUCCAAGGCACUUCUACCAGACCACCUCAGAAUUCCAAGCAAGUAUUUUGAGAGUCUUGACUGUGAAUUUGUUCUCUUCGAGCCACCAAAGCAUGGUUAUGUUGAAAGUUCCAGUUUUCCAAGAGUAAAGCUAAGGAAAUUUUCCAGGAAACAGGUGGAGCAGAAGUUGAUUUACUAUGUUCAUAACGGCACCAAGGAGUUAGUGGACAGCCUCACCAUAUUGGCAAACAGCUCAGAGCUUGGGAAACAGAGUCUGCCUCAGACUCUUUUUGUGACUGUUGAGUCUGUAAAUGACAAGGCUCCAGUAAUAACAGCCAAUAAAAUUCUCCAGGUGUGGGUGAAUUCUGUCACUGAGAUGACCAGAGAUGACCUGUGUGUAGAAGAUGGAGACUCUUCCCCACAGGACUUGGUCUACUGGGUCACUCCUCCCAGCAACGGGUACCUGGCUCUCAAGUCCAUUCCUGGCAGAAGCAUCCAGAACUUCACUCAGGCGCAGAUCGAUGAGGGCCAACUUGUGUUUGUGCACUCUGGAGCAAUGUCAGGAGGCUUUAAUUUUCAGGUUACUGACGGUUUGAAUUUUGCACCUCGGCAAAUCUUUAGCAUCACUGCCCGAACUCUGAUCAUUAGCUUAGAAGUCAACAGAGGAUUGAGCAUCUUCCCAGGUUCCACGAAGCCACUGUCAUCUAAUGCCCUGAAAGCUGUGACCAACGAUGACAAAGCAGCGAACAGAACUAUAAUGUUUACAGUUGUCAGUUCCCCUAGACUUGGGAGGCUGCUGAAGAUGAACUCUGACAACAGUACAGAGGUCAUUUCCAUUUUUACCCAACGUCUGGUCAGUGAAGGUCUGAUACUAUACCAGCAUGUGGAUCUCGAGAACACGGGAUGGACUUCAGAAGACUCCUUCACGUUCACGGCAUCCUCUCCUCCUGCAGCACUGGGCCCAGAGGAUUUCCGGAUUACCAUUUCAUAUGAAACAAACGAGUCAGGCCGACAAAGCCGGCUGCUUGCAAAUACAGGGGCCUCUGUCAAGGAGGGAGAGAAAGUUCUCAUUGACCAAUCUAAGUUAGAUGCCUCCAACCUCUUACUUCAGCUUCCCCAACCUCAGCGCUCUUCCCAUGAAAUCUGGUUCCAGGUUACAGCUCUUCCUUGCCAUGGAACCAUUUUGGUGGGAGAAAGAAACAUCUCCACAGGAAAACCGUACUUCUCCCAGCAUAUAGUUAAUGCAUUUGGAGUGACAUACCUUCAUGAUGACUCUGAAUCACUGGCUGAUAAUUUUACCUUCGCUGUUUGGCCAAACCCAAAGAACAAGUCCGCCAGCAAGCCAGAGGCUGACUUUCUAGAAGAGAUGUUCAACAUUACCAUCACCCCUGUGAAUGAUCAGCCUCCAGAAUUAAAGACCAAAGGGCUUCGUUUGACAGUUCUCCAGGGCAGCCGGUUGGUUGUGGGACCUGAAAUCCUAAAAGUAGAUGAUCUAGACAGUCCUCCAAAUGAAAUCCAAUACAUGGUCAUCCGCCAUCCCAACAAUGGCUUUUUAGCGAUGGCUCACGACCUAGACACCGCUGUUCACCAUUUUACACAAGCUGACAUCAAUAAUGCUCAGGUGUGGUUCAUACAAGACGGAAGCUCAUCCUCUGGAGUGUUUUAUUUUAGUGUGACCGAUGGUGACCAUCGGCCUCUCUACAAGCUCUUCCACCUGAAUGUCAUCCCCAUCUCCAUCACUCUUGUGAACCUCACAGACCUGCUUCUCCCACAAGGCCAGACCACUGUCUCCAUCACCAAUGCUCACCUCUCUGCGGUGACCAAUGGGAAGAGCCUCCAGAUCAUCUACAGGGUAACACAACCCCUCCAAAGUGGCCACUUGCUGAUUGAAAACCGGGUGGUCACCAGCUUUGGACAGGAGGAUUUGGACGCAGGAAGACUCUCUUACCACAUGACCAACCUCACAGCCUCGGAGGAUCAGCUGCAGUUCUCACUGUUUACAGCAGAGAGCAACUUGACAGAACAGACCCUGGACAUCAGAGUGCAGCCUUUACUACGGGUUACACGGAACCUGAAAGUGGUCAACAGAGUGCCUCAUCAGCUGCAGAGGGAGGACCUAGAUGCAACCGAGCUAGCUAACAGGACAAAUAGUGAUCCCACAUUUGAAGUGACACAACCUCCCAUCUACGGGCGGCUUGUACGAAGAGCAGUUGACAGCCCUGUGAUGGAGGAGAUCACUCAGUUCACCCAGGGAGACAUCGACCGAGGUCAGCUGGUGCUGGAGCCACGUGCUAACCUAACAGGCACUGGUACACUGAAUGACUCCUUCACCUUCUUGCUCAGUGCAGACCAUGUACAGCCAGCAACAGGUUAUCUGGCCUUUAGCAUAGUGCCACCAGACCCCUCAUCUUUACAAACACUUACACCAGGUGUGCCUUUAUUCAUCACUGGAGAGAGCCUCGUGGCCUCAGUUUUCUCUCAGAAACAACUUACGGCUUCCACUGUAACACAGACAGAAACUCCAGGGAAUCUGACCCAGAGCAAAUGGAGAGGGACAGAUUCCUGGGGACAACUCAAUGGCAAAGAAGCAAAUGUGGAUGGCAAGGUCUCCCCCACCAAGGUCAUUUGGCCAUAUGCUGCCACCAAAGUCAUUUCUGGGGGAGCCAUAGGGCACAGAGACAGCAGUUUCCCUCUGAUGGUCAUCGUACCCUUGGCUGCUGUGUUCCUCCUUCUGAUGGUGACUGCGAUGGCCCUGUGUGUCUGGCUGCUGAGGCGAAAGGAGGAAAAGGCUAACCCUCUUCUCCAGCCCAAGACCAACCUUGAAUCCCCACCUCCCAGCUGUCGAGCAGAACGGAGUGGAGCCGUUCCCACGGUCACCGUGACUCCCCUGAUGAGAAACUCCAGCAGCCCUGCCACCAGUCCGUCCCUGCCCCCACAGUAUGAUCAUAUGGCCUCCCUGGGGACUGAGCCUGUCGAGAAAUGUGCUCCUUGGGAGGCGUGGGCGAACCUGGAUCCUGACAUGGCCAAGCUCUGCCGACAAACCAACCCAGCGCUGAAACACAACCAGUACUGGGUAUAAAUGUGAACUGCCCCGCCACCGCCCUCUCCCACCCGGUCCCUCUCAUCUUCUGUCUCUCCCUCCUUUUCCCUCUCUCUCCCCCCUCUCUCUCCCGUCUCGCUCCCUGCCCCUCCCCCAUCUCUGUCUUCCCUUGCUCUUAUUGAUACUUACUGUGCACAGCUAAGAUCGGGACUGAACUGUAGUGAUGAAGGAGUACUGAUUGACUCACGGAAGGCCGCCCUGACGCACACGGCUCAGCGCUCUGACUCCUACUCACACGGCUCAGUGCUCUGACUCGCGCUCCUGGGCUUGCCUCGAUUGGACUUUCACUGGACCUGGUGUUCUCAAUACAUACUUUUCUCUUAAGAAUUAAGCCCUUCACUAAGGUACUACUGAGCAUUUGGGCCCGAUGGGAAGCAGAAGCAUUAACUUGGGGCUUUUAGUUAGGGGGGGGAUGGUUUGGCGGCUUUUCAUGGAAGUGUCACUCUGCGUGAGUCAGCAGGAAGUGCCAGUUCUGUCUCCACAGAAGAUGUCAUUUAUUACAUCAACAAGUUUGUUUGUGUGUCACCCUUGUCCUCUGUGGAAUAUUCUAGAGUUGGCCUCCUCAUGCAAGAAAUGCCUUGUUCAGAUGGCAGGGCAAUCUGACCUCCUUUGGGGAUAGUCAUUGUAUACAUUGUAUUUCAUCAAGAAGCUUUGUCAUUCUGAUGUAGAAAGUCAGGAAAUAUUAUUUGAAGCUCCGAGGGAUAGAAAGGCAUGUUAAAAACUUAAAAAAAUAUUUCUUGAUGCCUUAGUUUGGCAUCCUUUUAUAAUAAAUUGAAAUAAUGACAAA